CGACAGUGACGCCAACCCGACAAAUAUGGCAAGAUUGAAUUCAAAAUGCAGCGACGACGAAUCACCAGAUACUGGAAGGCUUGUCAAAGGUCCUGAGAAGGGCAAAGCGGUGACGGGCAAACAGGGAUCUCAACGCGUGACUCCUACAGCAAACAAAAGUUCUGGAUCUUCGAGAAAUGGUGCUGGUACCAAGAAUGAAGACGGGGAGUCAUUGUCAGGAAGAACAGCGACGAAGCCGAAAAAAAGAAUACUGAAACCAAAAGUCGAGAAUCCUCUUCUUCGACCCCUCACCAAUUCCCGGACGACCUCGACAAGUACGGCUUCUGAGGUUGCUGUGAGAAGACCGAACAGCGCUGCGUUUGUGGAGGAGCGGGAUUCCUUUGAACGUCCUCGGAGGAAAGAGAAAGAAAGAGUAGUUAUCGAGAUUAGUGAGAGCGAGGAAGACACUAAUUUAGGGGGCUUCAUUGUUAGUGACGAUUGUGUUGAUAGUACAUUUUGCGAGGAGGAGGAAGUGGGAAUAAUCGAAGAUGAUGAGGAAGAGAGUUUUGUAGAAAAGAAGCGGGAACCACCGAAAAGUGUCAGGAGAUUGGUUCGAGGGCGGCGAGAAAGGACUCCUGAUCACGAGUUACAGAAGUUGGACGACUCGCCACCUGUGAAACUGAAGACGGAGAAGAGAGAGUUGGAUCUCGAAUUCGGCAUGAGAAACCUUGGACUUGGUCCUAAAAAGGAGAAUCCACGUGAUACUUCAAAGCGUGCUUCAGAUAAUUUGCCAUCGACGAAACCAAAGUCCAUACAAGGAGCCACAAAGUCCGAGAAAUCGAUACGAGGAAAGUCGGACUCAAAUUCGAAUGUGAGAGAUGCUUUACUCGUUUUGGAUUCUGAGGAUGAGAGCGAGCUAGAUUUAGGAAGGAAAAUGAAGACGCUGGCUAUUAGCAAGGACGAGGAAAAGAAAUUGCCAAAAUACAAGACCAAGAAUCUGAAUUCCGGGCCUCCAAAGGAAAUUGACAAGCCAAAGAAGAAGCCAACAUCAGAAUCUGACAUGGAAGACCCUUUUACUCUUCGAUAGUAGGUCAAAACUUGGAACCCAUAAUAUCGUUACUAAUUUAUACAGCUCCCCAUCCCAAAAUAAACCCAGAAAAAUCACCAAGGAAACUCGUUUUACAACACCUCCAAGCAGUCCAGAAUUGAGACCAACUUCGCCUUAUAAGAAGACAGCAAUCAUCCCUGAUACACCACAUCGCCAAAGUUCCGAUGCAUUCUGGAAUCAGGAGGUGAUCAAUGACUGGAAUGAUGAGUACUCGCCCCGAAAGACUAUCAAACCAACAGCAAAAGCAAAACCAAUUGACGAUUCGGCGCGACCUCUCAUUCUUUCACCAACAAAGAAAACUCUCGCUGCAAAAGGUCGCCUGAUAAAAGACGCUAAGAAGGCAUUUUCAGAAAAGAAGCACGCCAUUGCAGAAGCAUUCCUGGAUGAAUUAGACGAGAAGAUUACCCAGGGUAAGGUGUCGGAACUUGCUAAAUCCACAGGAGGAAUCAAGAUCGUCUGGUCCAAAAAACUGAACACCACUGCUGGCAGAGCAAAUUGGAAAAGAGAGACAAUCAAAUCCUCCAUGGGAGCUCAGCCAAUCCACAGACAUUACGCUAGCAUCGAACUUGCCGAAAAAGUCAUUGAUGACGAGGACCGACUUCUGAACGUUAUCGCCCACGAAUUCUGCCAUCUUGCAAAUUUCAUGAUCUCCAACAUCAAGACGAAUCCUCAUGGCAAAGAGUUCAAAGCCUGGGCCUCCAAAUGCUCUGCUAUUUUCGGCGAUCGCGGCAUUGAAGUGACGACUAAGCAUUCUUACACCAUUGAUUACAAAUAUAUUUGGACAUGCGAGCAUUGCGGCUUGGAGUUUAAGAGACACAGCAAAAGCAUUGAUCCUAAGAGACACCAAUGCGGAGCUUGCAAGAAUAAGCUGGUUCAAACGAAGCCCGUACCGAGAAAAGAAACUCGGGGCGUUAGUGGGUAUCAAGCAUUCGUUAAAGAACAUAUGAAGAUUAUAAGAGAGCAGAAUCCCGGAAGCCCUCAGAAGGAGAUCAUGACAUUGGUUGGAAAGAAGUAUCAGGAAUUUAAAGCUUCAAAACUUGGUGCGGGGCUGGGGGAAACGGAAGAGGCGAUGUCCAGUAAGGAGGGGACUCCGGCAGACGAUGACGCAACAGAGUCAGUGGUUCGAAAACUGGAUUUCUUGGAUUUAACGGACUCCUGAGGUUUCUCCCAAUGCUGUUGUUGGAUGCGAAGGUGUUUCAAUGAGUGAAGACUAGAGAAUGGGAUGUAUUGUAUGGGUAAUGUAGCUUCGGCUUCAAGAGAGCAAAUAAAUGAAAAUCUAGACUUGA